ACAAAGUUUAUAAAUAUGACUGCAUCAUAGUUAGUUUGUAGGCAUUUCGAUUCAAAUUGUCCAUUCAUAGAUUUUUCUCUCUCAUAUCAUCAUUGAAUUUUUCUAACUCUUUUUCUGUUUGGUCAUUUUAUCCUAUUUUAAUGAAUAAAUCGGCCAUUACAAAACGAAUCGGUAUAUUGUUGGUUAGUUUUUUGCUAUUUAUGGCAUCAUUUGCCAUUAAUGGCAGUGAAUCAAGAAGUUUCACUAUAUUAGGAUGUCUUGGUGAUUAUGAUUUAAGUAAAUUUGCUCAAUUAGAUCGUAUUUGUGAUGAAUGUUAUAUACUUUAUCGUGAACCUGAAUUAAAUUUCAGUUGUCGAAAAGAUUGUUUCCGAAACGAAGUGUUUGGUAAUUGUGUUGAUGCAUUAUAUUUAUCGCAUGAAAAAAAGAAACUUCUUCAAUUUGUCGAUCAAAUAUUUGGCUAAUCGAAAAUCAAC